UCAUGCGAAGCAGGGUUGUUUGCCUUGUUGAUGAUUGCAGCGUUAUCUUCUUUCUUCCUUAUGUCGAAUAUUCUCGUCGAUAGCUACCUAGGUAGAACCCAUGAGUUGGAUGUUCCAUUAUCCUAGCCGAGCUCGUGACAGGUGGCACAAUGAGGGGAAUAGGCAGAAGUUCAAUAGCAGAAUGCCUCACCAAAAUCAUAGGCGACAGGGGCGAAAGGUGAAAGGAAAAACAGCAAAAAUUUGGUUGAAGUUGAGCAGUGAUGGAGGGCGACUUCAUAGAGCACGCACAGCGAUGCCAAGCGGAAAAGAGACGCUAAACCUAAACAGACACGCUAUACUACUUCGAGUGAUUUGGUGUCACCCAAAGAGUAGGGAGUACAAGUAGACUCGGAGUAAGUGCACUGUCCAAUUAAUCGAAAUGUGUCUUAGACUUGCUUGUAUCAUACGAGUAAACAAUACUAUGUAUUACCUGGG